UUUUUAUUUAAUAGAACAAAGUUAAAAGAUGGUAGCCAAUAUUUGGGUUGCAGCUGCUGAUAAUGAAGUUGAAAUAGUGAAAAAGCACCUUGAUGCUGGAUUUAGUGGGAAUUCAAAGGAUCCAAAUGGAUAUACUCCAAUACAUGCUGCCGCAUCUUAUGGUCAUUUAGAACUUUUAAAGCUUUUAAUAUCCAAGGGAGGUGACAUUAACAUACAAGAUAAUGAGGGAGACACUCCAUUACACCACGUGGAAGAGCUCCGGGUGGCCAAGACCAUGGUGGAAGAAUUAGGAGCCGAUUGGAAAAUCAAGAACAAUGAUAAUCAAACUCCUGCUGAGUACAUAGAAGAGGAAGAUGAGUUCCCAGAAUUAUCACAAUAUUUACGUUCCUUGGCUCAUGACAAGCCAGAAGUUGGAUCCUCCUCUUCUGUUGACGCUGACUUCCUUGCAUCAUUGCCAUCACCAGGUACCGUUGAUGGACACCAAAUCAGAUAUACCAUGGAAUCUGAACCACAAGGUGAAGAAAUUGGAAUUAAUAUUAUGGGUGAUGAAGAAAAGAGAAAGAAGAUUGAAGAAAUUUUGAACAGUGAAAACCCUGAAGAAGGUUUAAGAGAGUUGAUUCUGAAUGCCGUUGCUGAUGGUAUGGCUCAAUACAACGCAGGUGAAUCCAAGUCUGCCGAGCCAGAAGAAAAGAAGAGAAGAAAGUAGGUAAGAAGCUAAGAAGUUGGUCAGACCACUUGUGGGGGUGCUACCACUAGCAUCAUU